AUGAAGUUCGCAAAUUGCCUGAGCGUUUUGCUCUCCUUCGCUGGGUGCGCAUUCGGCGCUGCCAUCGCCCGUGACGAGACCGCAGCGGAGGAUAUCAGAGCCAUCUAUCUAUUCAAGGAUGUCAUGGUAUCCGACACCACGGCCCUUCAGACAUCGGGCUUUAACACGGUCCUCAUGUUUGGUGUCGGGUUUCUCGAGAAUGGCGAUAUCAUGUACUACUCCAACACCGCAGGAAGCUCGGACGUGCUCGUGGCCUCGAACGGUGCCUACGUCGGCGGCACCGCACUCGCGCAAAAGGUGCUUUCACUCAAGUCAGCACCAGGGACGGGCAUCAAUCGAGUGGAGAUUACCAGCAACUCUAUCCACCUCAAGGAACUGAUGGCUAGCCCCGGUCCUGGGUCGGAUACAAGGCUGUACCGCAACCUCGCUGCUCUGAAGGAGGCGUGGAACCUGGACGGCUACAACAACAAUGACGAGGCCAUUUAUGAUCUGGCUAGCACUGUUACGUUUGCCAAAAUGGUUGGGGAGGUUGGAUUGCAUUUUACAAUUGUCCCGUACACUCGUGCGAGUUUCUGGGCGAGCGUCAAGUCACAGGUUGGCGAUUUACUUGAUAGAGUGUAUCUGCAGUGCUAUGACGGUGGUGCUGGCAAUAACCCAGCUAGUUGGGAGAGCACUCUCGGUAUCAAGAUUGUCCCUCUCAUCUGGGUGACCAAUGACUCGAAGCCAGUCUAUGGGACAACACCCGCGCAAGCCCGCACUCGCUUCGCUGGCUGGGAAGCUCAGAGCAGCCUAGCUGGAGGCGGCUACUGGAAUGACUAUGAUAUCGAGAAGAUGGGGCUGUCAUACACUGAAUAUGGACAGGUCCUGAAAGAUCUGUUCCCCUAA